GCGAAGGGCGGUGCAGCAACAUGGCGGCGCCGGGAGCUGGUGAGCCCCUGGAUGCGAAAAAUGAAAAGGCCCCAUUCGCUCAACGCAUCGACCUGACGCGGGAGAAAUUGACUCCAGCACAGCUGCAUUUCAUGCGGCAGGUGCAACUUGCCCAGUGGCAGAAGACGCUGUCACAGAGGCGGACCCGAAACAUCGUGACCGGGCUUGGCAUCGGGGCCCUGGUAUUGGCUAUUUAUGGUUACACCUUCUACUCAGUAUCCCAGGAGCAUUUCCUAGAUGAACUGGAAGAUGAAGCUAAAGCUGCCCGAGCCCGAGCUCUUGCAAGGGCAUCCGGACCUUGAAAUGGGUGAUUAUUACAUAUCUUCAACCAACUGGAGCCCCUCACAUGGUGGAUGGUGCCCUAUGACCCUGUAGAAAUUGGUUGGUUGCUCACAUCAUCUUUGGCCCAGUUACUAACUUUGGAGCAUGAUCGAGCCCAAGAAGCUAGAGACUGUGCAAUGUUGGCCACUAUCAACAGAACAUUUCGCAUUUCACAUGCAUUGUACUGUCAGAGUCCUCUCCUUUGUUUCUUGUUUGAGAUGUAUGCAGCCUUGGCUUUUCUGUAA